AUGCUGGUGCAGUGAUACCUGCAGGGAGUGCGGACAAGGAUCUGAUUGGCUCUCUGAAAGAGUUGUGUCUGUAUUUGAAUCAUGCAGAGCCGGUCUGUCCUGAGGCUAGGGUUCCCCUGCACAAAUUUUACCAUGAACCAGCUCGGAGUGAUGAGGUGUUUGAGAUUUACAGGAUGAGAUGUGAAGACAGGGAGGAAACAGGGGGUUGGGUCGAGGGAGAGAGAGAGAUGGAGGAGGAAG